CAAAUGAAGCGUCUCGCCUCCAUACCAACACACGGUUACAUAUCUCUCCUCAUCUCUACGAAAACCACCUCAAAUCUUAUUAUUCUCCUUCGUCACUCUCAUCCACCACCCUUACGCCACCAUAACCGCUGUCAUGGGAGACGAUUCCGGCAUGGACGCUCUUCACAUUCUCGAGUUUUCGUUUAACUUCAAUCGCUUAUCUAAAUUUGUUUUCAUUGCGGCCGUAACCCCAACUCAAAUCCUCAUCCAACUGUCUUAGAGAUUAGAUCAACUUCAUCCUCAAUGGCACCACAACGCUUUCAUGACGUUCGAGAAAGUGCCCGAUCAGAUGUUCCUACCAUGCUCCAUUUGCGCGCAGAGGUAACACGUUAUUGAUUAUAUGUAUAAACGGAGAUUUGUAUGAUUUAUCGAGUUUAAGUUUUUGAUAAUAUAAUGAAUUAAGUUUGGUUCUGAUUAAUCAUGAUUAUAGUAUGAGUUUUGUGGAUUAUUUAGAUCAAAUCAUCUAUCGGUUUUUACACCUAAUUGUGAAUUCAAUUCACUUCACGGAAGUACUGGGAGCUUUGUGUGUUAAUAGGGGUCUUGGGGCGGACCUGUUUCGGAUCUUGUUAAAUUUUAUAAGAACUAUCUUAAAGAUUUGAACAAAAAGGUAUCCGGUCAAUUUUUAAGAAGGCAGCAUGUAGUCAGGUUAGUCUCUCCUCUACCCUUUUGGCCAAUUUUUGGAAAACAAAAGUCAGCAUAAUGCCUUUUUGGGUCGGUUUAUGUCAGCUAGGGCUGUGUAACAAUGUCCGAUUUGUGACAGUCACCUCUAUUUCCAUCCCACCCCCAGUUAAGAACAACACAUUGAUUAACGAUGAAGAAGCAUACAGGAUGAUACUGGAGAUCCAGGGUUUGGUCGAAGGUUUCAUGGUACAACUAGGUAAUUAUCUUAUAUAUAAGACUAUUAGAAAGUUGAGUGAUUGGAUAAGGAGCCAGUCUUGUCGACUAAGCCUUGCAAAACAGGUAGGUUGAGUGAUGAAUCAGACUGGGUUUGGGUGAAAACGGGUUUUGAGAAAAAAAUGAGUUCGGCUGGUGAUCCAAUUGUGUAAACUAGCAGAUGUGGGCGCCAAAACAUAUAUUCUACAAAUUGGCACACGAUGUCAACAUCUGUACUUUUUUUGGAGACUAGAUCUAGAGGGUCUGUUUCGUUCAUCUACGAGUUUUGACCCAUUUUUAUCAAGUUCGUCUCUCUUGGCGAUUAAGGUGUCUACGGUGAUUUAGCAGCGUGUUAGUGUGUGGUCCGGUGUUCUGCAAAUUUUCGCCUUUUCGGUUAGAGGCCUUUUGGAGUUUCACUGUCAUGUGGGAUUGUGAAAGCAAAAAUUAGAAGUGUUUCAUGGCAUUGUCAUAUUGGUGUGUUGGCGGAUAUGGAAAGUGAGGAAUGAGAUGCUUUUUUCGAGUAUCGAGGUGGAAAUAAAAGACAUUAUAGGAGACGUAAGGUCUAUAUGGUUAUUUUGGUUCAAGAAUAUAUCAAAGGGUAAAUCGUUAGAAUGGUAAAAAAAAAAAAAAAAUGGCACAAUCCCAUUUUUGUUCCAUCAGAUCCUUGUUUCCUAAUUAAUGAGAUUUGAGAGGUGUUUAGCAGUAUACAUACUGCAUACAUACUGUAGGGUUUUUUUCCAUAAAAAACAAGCAAGGUGUGACUGGUAAGUUGACUUUUGGACUUUGACAACAUGUUUUUUCAACUAUUAGACCAUGUGUAGUGGGGCAUUAUGGGGGCAUUAUAACAAAAAAAAACGCCCACUCUUCCAUUACAUAGGGCAUUAUGGGGCAUUAUGGGGGAAAAAAAUUUGCUUGGGCAUUAUAAUUAUAACGCCAUUUUGCACUUGUUAGAGGUAUGACUUGAGUUGACCCACCAAUGAGAAAUCACUUUGUUUUUUUGUUUUUUUUUUUUAAGGAUUGAAAGGGGCAUUAUCCCCACUACACCACUUUAUGCUAUAAUGCCCCAUGCUGACUGGGUUGCCACGUGUCGGAUAAUGCCCCAUGGUGGGGGCAUUAUAACAAGUUACCACUACACAUGGUCUUAUGACCAGAUUGUUCAAUCUACUUGGAAGCUUUAGUGGAGAUAAUAGUAAUAUGGUAUUAGGGGGAUGAUGUUCAUCAAGUAUCUUUAUAAAAGUUUUAAAGAAGUGAGUUGAAGUUUAGUUUUGUUAAGGUCUUUGACUAAAUGAAAAGGUCAACUGUUGAGUUAAGUGUUUAUAAAUUGAUUGUUUUUGUUAGAAAAUAAAAUUUAUUAACGGUUGAAAUAUUUUUUAAGGGGUUUAGAUAAAUACAGUGAUCUGAAGUUUAGUAAAAGUUUUAUGCCAUAUAAGGGGAUAUAGAAGAUCUAUGGUUGCAUUCUUAUAAAUAUUCUUACAAUACCUAUUUUAUAAAUAUCCUACGUUUGCAUUUCGUUUCUUUGCUUACGAGUCUAUUUAAUGUUGGUUAGGGUUCUUCCCUUUUGAUUUGGUUGCUUUGUCUAUGUCGAUAGUGUCCAGCUGUCUUUUUAAACAUGUUUUUUUUUUAAAUUUUGAUAGAGUCCAACAAGUGGUGGUUUGGAAACCAAUGUAUUAGAAACUUUAACACUACCAAUAUGCAACCUCAGUGGUGGUUGUUGUAGAGCAGGUUAAUACUACCAUUUAUGCAAUGUGUCGCGGCAACGCGCGGGCAUUUCCACUAGUCUUCAAAAUGGACAAAAUUAUUCUGAAGAGGUUGUAAAGAAUCAUAUGGGAUUAUUGGUCACUGCAUUAGAGUCUUACGAAGGGUUGAUUGCCGGAAAAAUUGGCAAUCCAAUGCUCACAAAGGAAGAUUAUGACCAAAUCGAUGCAGAGGAGCUGGAACUGAUGGAUAUUAAAUGGGCUUUAGCGAGUGUUUUGAGGAGAGCAGAAAAGUUUAGAUUGAUUACAGGAAGAAAUGACUUCUUGGAUGCAAACCUUUCUAAUCUAGGAUUUGAUAAAUCUAAAGUUGUCUGUUUUCGUUGCAGGGAGAAAGGUCAUUUUAAAAGAGAAUGCAAGAAUCAGGAGCCGAGAGGAGCAAAGGAGACGUCUGGGAAAGAUGAUUAUUAUAGGAAAUCCAUUUAUCAGCAAAUCACUCAUCAACCACAUCAACAAAAAGAAGCUCAAACGGCACAUGGAAGAAUGAUCGAGGAUGCAAACAGGAAAGCUUAUUAUGGCAUCGUUGAUUAAGAUGAUGAGAAAAUGGCUGAAGUUUUUAGCCGGGACAAGUUUAUUCCAGCUAAUUCAAAUGUUCAAGCGUUUAUUGCACAUAUUAUUCGAAAGCCAGAAAUGCUGAAGGAAUGGAUGGAAGUGUUAUCUGAUGAAGAGAAAAGUGAAGAUGAAGGAUCUGUUUCAUCGGAAAACAGUUCAUCAGAAACAAGUGAUAGUGAUGAAGAGAUGGAACAGAUAAAUCUUGGAAAAACGCAUUUAUCUUCUGAUACUUUUGAAUUUUAUUUUGCAGAAAAAUUGAAGAAAGUGAAAGAGAAGAAAGCUGCAAAAGAAUUGAAAGAAGUUAAAGUGUUUGAGAAAAUUGUGGAAGUUGAAAAGAUAGUUGAAGUCGAGAAGAUUGUUGAAAUCACAAAACCCUGUCUUACAUGUUUAGAGUCUUGUAAACAAUGUAUAGAAAAAGAUGAGAGGUUUAGUGAGUUAGAAAAGUUGAAAGAACAAUUGUUGUUUGAUGUAAAGAAUUUGAAAAAGUCGUAUGAUGUAUUGAACAGACAUGUGAAUAGUCUGGAGAAGACUAGCUCUGAAAGAGAGAAAGCUUUGAAGAUGAUGAAUGCUACCAUGAUGACAAAGCAGAAAGAGAUCAACUUGUACAUAGAAGAAUGUGCAAAGUGGAAGAAAGAGUUGGAUAGUGAAGCAGCUGAGAAUGAAAGAAUCAGAAGAUUGCUGCGAAGUUACACAAGUUGUGACUACAUAAUCGAUAGAAUUUAUCCAACAGUUAAAGGUUUUGAAGCGUUUAAAGGUGAAGAAACAAAGUCAAAGAAGAAGAAGAAAACUGAUAAGAAAUAG